AUGCCGCACGCGCCUGCUGGCUGCGCGCUCCUCCCUGUGCCACCCCGAGUAGCCAGUCCCCUCUUGCUGAGCAAUCCACAUCGGCACACUGGUAAAUGUCCCCUCCACGCCAAAUUGGCAAUGAGCAACAGGAGAGAGACUCAAAAAUGUGGGUGUUGCGUGACCUUCUCUAUGGAUUUGAACGCAUCGCCGUUGCCUGAACAAGAUGAGCCAAUCGAGGUUCAAUAUGUCGAGUCUGCUGUCGCAACAAUGCGAAGGGAGCGGGAAGAGAGAUGCAGGAGAUUAAAGAGAGAGCAACAGGAUGAAGGAUCCAUGCUACAUUCUCAACAGAUUAUGAACGAUUAUGCACCUAAAUGUGAAACUGGUAGACAUGGCCACAUCAAAGAGGCACCUCAGGGCUGGAUGGAGUGCCCUGCAUUUGGAGAGCCAAUACAAAAAACCAUACCUUCCAAAGUUCCUCUUGAUGAGACUUUCAAUGAAUCAGUGCCUCCUAGGAAAAGAUACUCCUCAAAACAAGUGCUUAACAUACAAAGAAAAGCUGGUCAUGAUAUUGGUCUUGUGAUUGAUUUGACAAAUACUACUAGGUAUUAUUCACCAGAAGAAUGGACAAGGCAAGGUAUUAAACAUGUCAAGAUUCCAUGCAAGGGAAGAGAUGUUGUACCUGAUAAUGAAUUUGUUAACACAUUUGUUUUCGAUAAAGGAAGCUUUAUUGACUCUUAG